CCCCAUGCCUGUGUCCCUGUGAUGAUUGCAGGACAGAACAGGUCCCCAGUACCCCAUGCCUGUAUCCCUGUGAUGAUUGCAGGUCAGAACAGGUCCCCAGUACCCCAUGCCUGUGUCUCUGUGAUGAUUGCAGGUCAGAACAGUUCCCCAGUACCCCAUGCCUGUGUCUCUGUGAUGAUUGCAGGUCAGAACAGUUCCCCAGUACCCCCUGCCUGUGUCCCUGUGAUGAUUGCAGGACAGAACAGUUCCCCAGUACCCCUUGCUUGUGUCUCUGUGAUGAUUGCAGGACAGAACAGGUCCCCAGUACCCCAUGCCUGUGUCUCUGUGAUGAUUGCAGGACAGAACAGGUCCCCAGUACCCCCUGCCUGUGUCCCUGUGAUGAUUGCAGGUCAGAACAGGUUCUCAGUACCCCUUGCCUGUGACUCUGUGAUGAUUGCAGGACAGAACAGGUUCCCAGUACCCCAUAUCUGUGACUCUGUGAUGAUUGCAGGUCAGAACAGGUCCCCAGUACCCCAUGCCUGUGUCUCUGUGAUGAUUGCAGGUCAGAACAGGUCCCCAGUACCCCAUGCCUGUGUCUCUGUGAUGAUUGUAGAUAAGAACAGGUUCUCAGUACCCCUUGCCUGUGACUCUGUGAUGAUUGCAGGACAGAACAGGUCCCCAGUACCCCCUGCCUGUGUCCCUGUGAUGAUUGCAGAUUAGAACAGGUUCCCAGUACCCCUUGCCUGUGUCCCUGUGAUGAUUGCAGGACAGAACAGGUCCCCAGUACCCCUUGCCUGUGACUCUGUGAUGAUUGCAGGACAGAACAGGUCCCCAGUACCCCAUGUCUGUGACUCUGUGAUGAUUGCAGGACAGAACAGGUCCCCAGUACCCCAUGCCUGUAUCCC